AUGAGCAGUAGUUCAUAUACAUUAUUAACUAAUUCACCAGAUAAACUUGAGUCUAGUAUAACCAUUAGAGAUCCUCCAUCACCAGGUGCAAUGAAUAAUUCAAAUGAUACCUUGAAAAAAAAAUAUGUUCAAAUUGCAUUUGCAGUUACACUCUAUUGGUUUGUUUCAAUUACAAUGGUCUUUUUAAAUAAAUAUUUACUUAGUUCAAAUAAUGUGAAACUUGAUGCACCUCUGUUUAUAACAUGGUAUCAAUGUGUAGUAACAGUUGGACUUUGUGCUAUAUUAGGAAAUUUAAAUAAACGUUUAUCAAUUGUUUCAAAAUUUCCAACAUUUAAAAUUGACCUUAAAAUUGCACGUGAUGUACUUCCACUUUCCAUUAUGUUUGUUGCAAUGAUUACAUUUAAUAAUUUGACUUUAAAAUAUUUAACUGUUUCAUUCUAUAUGGUUGGUCGAUCAUUAACUACUGUUGCUAAUGUGGGUUUUACUUAUUUAAUGCUUGGAGAAAAAACAUCAUACAAAGCAUUAGGAUGUUGUGGACUUAUUAUUGCAGGAUUCUUUCUUGGAAUUGAUCAAGAAAAUGCACUUGGUACUCUUUCAAUGUUUGGUGCAUUUUGUGGUGUAGCGUCAAGUGCAUUUGUCGCUUUAAAUGCUAUUUAUACUACUCGAUGUUUACCAUGUGUUGAUAAUAAUGUUUGGCGUUUAUGUUUAUAUAAUAAUUUCAAUGCAUGUAUUUUAUUUGUUCCUCUUAUGAUUCUUUUUGGUGAAUUAUCACCUGUUCUUAAUUAUUCCAAACUAUUUAAUUUACCAUUUUGGUUUGCAAUGACAAUGGCUGGUGUACUUGGUUUUUCAAUGGGUUAUGUUUCUGGUUAUCAAAUACAAUUGACAAGUCCUUUAACACAUAAUGUAUCUGGUACAGCGAAAUCUUAUGUUCAAACAUUACUUGCUGUUAUUAUUUAUACAGAAACUAAAACAUCACUUUGGUGGUUAUCAAAUGUAUUUGUUCUUGGUGGUUCAGGUUUAUUCGCACAUGUUCGAGCAAAAGAAAUGAAACGCAAUCAUAAUACUGAUAAUAAUUCGACAACAUCUUUACCAAAAUAA